CACGUGCACCACUGAUUGCAGUUGCGGACGCACCCUGUCUGUCGUCGUCCCCGACCCCAUCAGAGAAAAUGGCCGCAGCCUUAUCAGAUCCGACGACGCCAGCCAGAGCGCCGGCGUCUCACCGUUUGCAAACAUGGACGUCUCACCGUUUGCUGCACUGUUGCUCGGUGCUCUCGUCUCCCUGCUCUUCUUCGCCACUAGGAGGAGGAAUCCCUCCUCCGAUGGCCGGCGUCGUCUGCCUCCGUCGCCGCCGGGGCUUCCCCUCCUCGGCCACCUGCCCCUCCUUGGCCCCCUGCCUCACCGUACGCUCCAGGCCAUGGCCGCCAAGCACGGCUCCGUGAUGCUCCUGCGCCUCGGCCGCGUGCCCACCGCGGUGGCCUCCUUGGCGGCCGCGGCGCAGGAGGUGAUGAAGACCCACGACCUGGCCUUCGCGAGCCGCCCGAGGGCGCGCAUGACGGAGCGCCUCGUCUACGGCCGCGACAUGGCCUUCGCCCCCUACGGUCGGGAGCAGGAGGCCGCCGCGAUGGUCGGCCGCGUCCGCCGCGCCUCACCGGGCGCCGUCAACGUCACCGCCCUCAUCAUCUCCUACACCAACGGCGUCAUCUCCCGCGCCGCGUUCGGCGACCAAGGGAGAUUCGGGGUGGACGACGGCGAGAAGCUCACCCAGCUGUUCGCCGACUUCGAGGAGCUCCUCGGGACGGUCACCAUCGGGGACUUCGUGCCGUGGCUGGCGUGGGUCGACGCGCUCAUGGGGCUGGACGCCAAGGCGGCGCGCACGUCCGCGCAGAUGGACGCCUUGCUCGAGCAGGUCAUCGCGGACCACCGCCGGAGGCGACGUGACGGCCGGCGAGAGGAUGACGGCCACCGGGACUUCGUCGACGUGAUGCUGGACGUGAACGAGGAGGCGGAGGAGAACGCCGCCGCCGGUGGAUUCGUGUUUGACAACGUAGCCAUCAAGGCCAUUGUCCUGGACAUGUUCGCCGCCGCCACCGACACGACCUACACCUCUUUGGUAUGGGCCAUGGCCGAGCUCAUCAACCACCCACACGAGAUGCGCCGGGUCCAGGACGAGGUCCGCGCGGCCGUCGGCGGCGGCGGCCACGUCACCGAGGACCACCUGCCGAAGCUGCGCUACCUCAGGUGCGUGAUCAAGGAGACGUUCCGGCUGCGCACGCCGCUGCCGCUCCUCCUGCCCCGGGAGACGAUGGAGGACACGCAGCUGCUCGGCUACCACGUUCCGGCGCGCAGCCGCGUCAUCGUCAACGCCUGGGCCAUCGCGCGCUACCCCGCGUCGUGGGAUCGCGCCGACGAGUUCGUGCCGGAGCGGUUCGCCGGCGGCGACCUGACGGCGGACUACCUGCUCGGGCAGGAUUUCCGGUUCGUGCCGUUCGGCGCCGGGAGGAGAGGCUGUCCUGGGAUCGGGUUCGCCGUGCCAUCCAUGGAGCUGGCGCUGGCGAGCCUGCUCCACCACUUCGACUGGGAGCUGCCGGCCGGCGGGCCGUCGAAAGUGGAGAUGGACGAGCUGAACGGGCUAUCGGUGCGGCUCAAGGCGGCGCUGCUUUUGGUUGCUAAGCCAUGGUCUCCUUAAUUAGGAGGGAAAUUUGAAUCUGUACAUUAAAAAAUUCUAAGAUUAGCGUUAUCUCACUAACUUGUGGAGCACAUGAUUCAAUAACAUAUGGGUCACGAUGGUAUAUAUCUAAUUUUAGGA